AUGCCGAUUAACCAACCCUCCAACCAAAUCAAAUUCACAAAUGUGUCUAUUGUUCGACUAAAGAAGGGCAAAAAACGUUUCGAACUCGCCUGCUAUAAGAACAAAUUACUAGAAUACCGAUCCGGCGCCGAAAAAGACUUGGAUAACGUCCUCCAAGUUCCUACAGUUUUUCUCUCCGUAUCAAAAGCCCAGACAGCUCCCACAGCCGAACUCGCCAAGUCUUUCGGUGCCGACACACCCCGCGAUGAGAUCCUGCAAGAAAUUCUUCGCAAAGGAGAAGUGCAAGUAGGCGAGCGAGAGCGCAAGGAUAUCAUCGAGCGAGUAGAAAAGGAGGUACUAGAUAUUGUAUCUGGUCGACUAGUGGACCCAACGACCAAGCGCGUUUAUACAUCCGGCAUGAUCUCGAAGGCACUGGAUCAACUGAGUUCAGCCAGUGGACAACAAAAUACAGACGGGCCUAGCGCAGGCGAAGAUCAAGUCAAGAAGCCUCUAUGGUCUGGUGUUUCUUCGAAUAAACCUGCAAAGAGUCAGGCGUUAGAUGCUAUGAAGGCUCUCAUUGCGUGGCAGCCGAUUCCUGUGAUGCGCGCGCGAAUGCGUCUGCGUGUGACUUGUCCAGUUUCUCUUCUGAAGCAGUCUGUUAAGGCUGCACCCAGUGCGGCUGCUGCUAAGGAGAAGGAGGCACCCUCUGGUGGAUCAAAAUCCAACAAGAAGGGUAAGGGUUCGAAGAAGUCUGCUAAGCGGGGAGAUGAUUCGGAUGCUGAGGCUGGAGACUCUGCUGGUGAGAGUGCUCCUAAGGCCCCGGGUACCGUUAAAGACAAGAUUAUGGGUUACAUUGAGUCAGUGGAGUCACAAGAAGUCGUUGGAGGAGACGAGUGGGAGAUUGUUGGAUUCGCUGAGCCGGGGGCCUUCAAGGGACUAAACGAGUUCGUGGGCAACGAAACCCGAGGAAGAGGACGAGUUGAGGUCUUGGACAUGUCGGUGAAACAUGAGGAUUGA